AAAGAAGGAUCAGUGAAAAUGGAAGCGCAGAUCACUCGACUCCAGGACAACAUGUCGAGAAUCACUGCAUCAUCCACCAGCAUUACCUCUGCUCUACAAGAGCGCCGAGGCCACCUUAGUCGACUACUGGGCGUUCACGGGACAUUGCGGAAGUUGGAGUUUCUAUUUCAUCUCCCACAGAAGAUAGAUGAAUGUAUCGCUGAGAAGAACUUCACAGAGGGUGUUCGAAGCUAUGUUGAGACUGCUGAAGUUCUUCAUCGGUACCGCCACAUGCCAUCCUUUAAUGCCAUCCAUGACGACUGUGAAGCUGCCGUUGGUCGUUUAAAUUUGGCUCUCAAGGAGCAGCUUGCCCUUAAGGAGGGAAGUGCCCGUCAUCUGACUGAAUGUGUUGAUCUGCUGUUGCAACUGGGCGAGCCUGCCGAGGGUCUUUGUGAUGACUUCUUGGCCCACGCACGCACCAAGCUGGAGGAUGACCUCACCAACCUCACCAGGCUGGCAGAAGCUGCUGUUGAAUCAGGGGAGGAUGAAGCACCUCAUCAAGAAACUGAAGAGGAAACUGCUGCAGGAGAACAUGUCAGAGAAGUAUCUUCACAGGAGGAGAUGCGAGACAUGACCAAAUGUGCUGCAACAACUAUGGACAUCCUGGAGUUUGUGGACGAGUGUCAUGAGAGCUUUGUAGGGAACCUCUGGUUGGUCAUCUCCUCAUACAAGGAAAUGUUUCUCAGAAGCCCAGGAGGAGGAGGAGGAGGAGGAGGAAGUGGAGCUUCCAGUGUUGCACUGGAUAAGCUUCGGGUGUUUGUGGCAGGGUUGGUGGAGCAGUACGUUGCUGUGGUGGGAGUGCGUGUGGCUGCUGAGCCUGAUACUGCACAUUAUGCUCCCCUCACCACUGCUCUUGAUAAAUUUCACAGACGUCUACAUGCUAUUACACAACUUCUGCCGAACACAAACUUCGGAGAUGCAGCUCUGAGUCUUGUGAUUGAGGCUGGGAUGGCACGAUGCCAGUCGUCACUCUCUGCACUGAAGCAUGGGUUAGCAUCCAGUCUGGGGGACGUGCGUCAUGCUCUGGCUGCCCCCCGACACUUGACGCAGGAUGGCAACGAGUCGACGCACCGCCAGUUGAAUGAACACCUCACACGUCUUGUUGCUGCCACUGCUGCUUCAAUCAAGGAGCACGUCACCGUGUUGCAGGCUUUCACUCAGCCCAAACACACAUUUGCCGUGCGUGCAGAGUUCCGCCGUCGCUUUUGCCGUGAGCUGGUACGUGAGGGAGUUGUUGUGGCCUUCUUCUUGCACAUAACUGACACAAUGUUGCAAUUCUGUCACAAGAAGGACAAGGAUCCAGUCUUGUUGCUGCUGCUGUCUCGCAUGUGCCUUGACCUGCACACUUCUACUGUUCAUUACCUGGUAAGUCUUGUAGAAGUAUCUUCCAUCCUAUAUUCAUCAUUAUUAUCACUCUUACUUGUUCACCAUCUUUAUUUUAUUAAUAAUGUUUUUUCAUCCUACAUUAUCAUUCACCAUCAUCAUUAUCACUGUCUCUCUCAGCAUAUUGACAUAGGGAUGCCUCAGGGCAGUAUUCUUGACCCUUUGCUCUUCCUCAUAUACAUCAGUGACCUCCCCAAUGCAUCUUGUCUCCUUGAACCUGUUCUGUUUGCAGUUGAUACACCUUUUGUCAUCUCCCAUUCAAAUCUGAUUCCUUUCAACAACUCUGUUAAUGAGGAGCUCCUUAAAAUGUCUGUUGGAGCACUGUAUGAAGAAGGUAAUCGUCGAGACAGAUCAUCGGAUUCUUCUCGCCGCACCUUCCACAGUGUGAAUGCUUCCCGUGGAGGAGGUGGUGGUCGCUCAGCUUGGUCGUCUUACACACCAAGUCAGCUGGACAACAGCCUGGUUGCUAACCUCAACAAACUCUGGUCAGAACGCAUUGAAAUAUUUGCCCCAGUGGAAUUUACCAGAGUCUCAAUUUUAACUGGAAUUGUUAAAAUAAGUCUUAAGACACUGCUGGAGAGUGUGCGAUUACGAACUUUCAGUAGGUUUGGGCUACAACAAGUCCAAGUGGAUGCUUACUACCUACGGACAUACCUCUGGUCGUAUGUGGCGGAUGAGCAUGUUUUGAAUGUCUUGCUGGAUGAAGUUGUGACUUCGGCAAGCGUUAGGUGCUGCGAUCCGGAAUUAAUGGAACAGAGAGUUGUCGAAUUUAUCUGUGACCAAAACUGAUUAUUUCAAGCACUGUCAGAUAGUGAGGGAGUGUACACUAAGAAGCAGUGAUAUACAGUAUUGUGCUGUACACAAAUAACCCGCACAUAGUUAAUGAUACAAGUCGGACUUAAACGUCAUCGUAAGUUUCUUUUUCACACGUGCGGGUUAUUUGUGUAUUGUUCCAGUCACGGUAUUGUGAAUUUGUGUUCUUACUUGUGUCACUGCAAAGACAUUACUGAUACAUUCUAUAGAUGUACUGUACAGAUGUUAUAUUUUUGUUAUACAGGAGAAUUAUAAAGAAUAAUGGUAUUAAUUACUCAUAUAUUGUAUAUAGGUUUAUUAUGAAGAAGUUCUUUUAAUGUACUGUAUUCAUUACCAUACAGGUGUUUAUUUUUAUUUUUAGAAAAUUCUUUAUUUUUCAGAAUCUCCAUUUAUUAUGAGUGUAAUGACAUGAUUGCAAACAAACCAUACCAUGGGUGGGGUUAGAACCCUUGAUCAGAGAGUCAUAAAGGUCCAGACUGUCGCAUUAGCCACUGAGCCAGCUAGCUACAACAAUAAAAUUCAUCCAACUAGGUAUAUUUCUACACCAUAGGAAGGUUAACAUAGGCACCACUGUGACCAGCCACUUGCCCAGUGGCUAAAAUGAUGGUCUGGAGUUCUAUGACUCUCUGAUUGCGGGUUCUAACCCCACCAGUGGUAUGGUUUAUUAUGAGUGUUCAUGUAUAGUGGGUGUUAUGUUAGCUGUCAUGUGAGUAGUGGUAUCUUAGCUGUCAUCUGUGUAGUGGGUAGUAUCUUAGCUGUCAUGUGUGUAGUGGGUAGUAUCUUAGCUGUCAUGUGUGUAAACCUUAGUGUUUGCUCAACACUGUGAGGUAGGUUAUGCCUAAAGUGGUGUAAUGAACACUUUCUUUAUAUUUUGAUUGUUACAAACACAAGUCUUGUCUUCUGAUUCUCUUUCAUGACUUGUUGAUUCAAUAAAGUGGUCUUCUGAC